GGGACUGGGGGGGGGGGGGGGAUCUGUGGAUCUGUGGGGCGGGCUGCAGCAUCUGGACCGACUCCCUAACGGGACCAGAACCGAGCCGGACUGCGGACUGCCGGGCUGCCAUGAGGGACUACUCACCCGCCCCGAGCACCGGGGGCUGCAUGACCUGCUGCCAAGUCUGCGUGUUCGCCUUUACCGCAUUUCUGCUCGUUGCUGAGAGGACGGCGCUGAUCUACUGCUUUGUGUACUACCUAUGGGUGGGUCACAACUACUGCUAUGCCCAUCUGGCUGGUUUCACUGCCCUGUUCCUGCUGCCAGGUUGGGGUCCUCAGUGGCUGAGCUACCUGUGGUACCUGUCUGAUGGACGAAUCCGCAGGAAGUCUCUCAGGUGGACUCACAUUCUGCACCUGGGGAUCUUCAAAAGGCUGUGGGAGUGUAUGCGUCUGCCUGAUGAGGACGUGUACGGGGAGAUCAUGCAGCAGGCUGACGUCUCUGCGUUACGGCUGUUUGAGGCCUUGGUCGUCACCCUCCCUGAGACGCUGCUUCAGACCUACGUCCUCAUCUGUACCGAUAUAGGACUCAAAUCCCCCGCCUCGGUGUGUUUUGUGGUGUGCCUGCUAUCUCUGGCCUGGGCUUUGGUCCUCUAUGCCAGAGCCUGUUCACUCAUCAGACCAGGACACUUACAGAUGACCCCGGCCGCCAUCCUCUGCCGACUGCUGUGGAGGGUCAGCAUGUUGGGAUCUAGGUUUGCUGUUCUCAUGCUCUUCACGCGUAUUUUCAAACAGUGGGUCCUGGGAGUUAUCGGUGUGCACUGGCUGGGCGCCACUUUCUGGAUGGUGUCUCAGCAGACUGACAUCAUACGCUCAACUAAUCGAUGGAGACUCUUCAACCUCGUUCUGGGAGCCAUUCACAUCUUUCUCUUCCUCAAUGUGAAGUAUGGUCAAUCCAGAUGUCGCAUGGCGGGGUUCUACCUGGCCAUGUUUAUAGAAAACGCUUUUCUUCUUCUGGCCUCUUCCUGGAUGUUUACUAUGGUGUCCUGGGACACUGUGGGCAUCCCAGCUGCAGUGUUUUGCAGCUUUCUCAUUGGAGUGAUAGCCUUGGUGCUGUAUUAUCGUUUCCUCCAUCCUAAAUCUUUUGAGAUCUUCCAGAGUAUUCGUCACAGGGGGAUAAGUGGAGCCUGCAUGGAGCGUGGAUCAACACUUUCUUUAGAAGAGAAAGUCUCUCCCUCUUUCCAUCGCCAUGCCACAUUGUCAGGAGGUGGGACCCUUAUGGACCUUCCUAUCCAGUGGGAAGGCUGGAAGCAUCAUCACUGGUUCCUGAUUCGCUUAGCACUUAAAACUGGUGAUGUUACAAGGAUUUGGUCUGCGUACGGUGAGGGGGGACUGGCCGGACUGAUGGGUCUUUCUGAAGAGGUCCACUCCCCUGAUGUACACCAUGUCCCUCGGGUGAGGGAGGUGGUUCAGCCACCCAAGCCUGUUCAAAGCAGCGUUGUGGCCCGACCAGUGAGAAAGACUCCACCCACAACCAUCCAGGAUUUGAGAAGGUUUCCAGAAAUCAAACCACUUCAGGACGUCAUCCCAGAAGAGACAGCAGAGGAAGAAUCCAGCGGGCAGCCUUCAGAUGAAAAAGGUGAUGAGGAGUUUCAGAGUGCUGCUUAUGGCUCACCAUCUCUAUCAUCUCCUCAAUAUGUUGGAAGUCUCCGUCACAUUGACAGCAACGCUGCCUCUCUGACCGAGGCCUCCUCCUCCGUGGCUUCUCUGGACAUCAAAACCCCCGGCUGGUCACCUGAGCGACGCUCUCCUCUCCUUAUUGGCUCCCCAGAGAAAAAGUCAGCAGUCCCAGGAGAGUCUAGCACUACCCUUUAUUUCAGUGCAGAUGCUCACUCACCUUCCAGUGGGAGCUAUCUUGGAUGGGGCUCAGAGUUGUCGCCUAUAUCUGUCUACCGAAGUCCCUUCCGAAUCAGAGAGGCCCGAUUUGUCACAUCAACCCCACGACUGGAGCCGCGGGGUGGGGCUGAAAGUCCUGGCCCGUCCCCAGUUGUGGUCACCCCUGCCACUCCUGGCACAACUCCAGGUGGGACACCUGGGGCCUCCACUCCUGUAGCUUCAACUCCUGGGGCCUCCACUCCUGGAGGCUCCACUCCUGCCGCUUCGACUCCAGGUGCUACCACACCCGGCACUCCAAUUGUUCCGCUCACUCCCGUCAUUUCCCACGCUCGCAAACAGAUGGUCCAGUUCGUGGACAGUAGAGAGAGGGCGGUGUAAGGAUAAGGAAAGUAUUCCCGUUCAGCAUUAACAAUAUUUAAUACAUUCAUUAUAUCUGUUUGGGAUUUACAUGAAUAAUACGUCACCAAACAUCAGGAAAUGUUUGUUCAGAGUUAGCAGGUCUUUUCAUUUGAUUGCAGAGUGGCAUGGGUAUUAAUAUUUGUGUUGUUUUCUCACUUCAAUGCAGGAUGAUUAUAUAAAAUACCAAAAUAAAAGGGGGAACAGUAAAUAUGUUACAAAUUAAACACCUAUGAGGGCCGUUUGCUAAUACAAAUUUAGUUGUGUUGGUCUUGGAGUCAUCGGUUAGCUGGCUAGAACAUGCAUUCAGGAGCUUCUACCAGAACAAGCCUCCUCACAAGGCAAAAUGGGAUUUUUAAAAAUGCAAAUCAUCAGUUUCUGCCAUCAACAAAUACUGAUUUACAUGAUGACUGUCCACUUCAAACUGGGGAGAAGUGCUGAGGGGGUGGAAAUUUACACAUGAGAACAGAAGACCAAUUGCAGUUUAGUCAUCAUGUCCCAUCCAGUAAAUAUGGAUGGGACAAUGAUAAUGGGAUAAUGAUGACAAUCACACUGGUAUGGCAUUGUUAUAAAGGCUUUGCGUUAAAACUACAAAGCUUAAACAGGAUGCCAACAACUGAAGUGUUAGUUUAAAUCUAUGAUUUAAAAAACUAGUUUACAGAAACCCAUCAUUCGUUUUCUAUAUGAGUGUGUGGUAAAAUGUGUCUUUUUCAAUGACACAUCACAUUCAGAUUACUGAGCAUCUUUUUGCUGAACAUCUCAUUUUUGUCUGGACUCACUCAGCCAUCCAGUCAGUGACUGUUUAAAGUGCAGGAAACCUUUUCUGUCUAUGCUCUUUGCUGAUAUACACAAUGAAACAAUUCAGCCUCAUAAAUUAAGCCACAAGUUAAAAAAAAUAAAAUAAAGAACUUUAGCUUUAGGUUCCCAUCCAUAAUUUAUUAUUACUCUCAGAAUGGGUGGUGACAACGUUUUAUAUAAAAUUACUUUUUCUUUGCUUUAACAGCACAUAAUAACACAGAAAGUGCAGCUUUUUUAUCGUUGGUGUAGCUUGAUACUUAACAAAAUACAACACACUUAUAUGUGAAUUUACACUAUUAAAGUCUAUUAACUAAGUUUGAUAUUUGACCUUAAUUCUUAGAGUAGUUUGGAUUCAUUUGACACUGUGGCCUCACAGCUAUGGCCAUUCCUACCACCCAGUGACUAUGGGGUAUACUGAGGUGUUAUAGAAAGUGAAUGGAUUUUAAAAAAUGUAAACAUAUCUUUAUACUAUCUAGAAGAUAUAGUCAUGAUAUUCAUCACAUAAUAUUGACUAACAAGGACAAGAAGAAGCAAGUCGUUUUCAGAGGCACCAAUGACAUACAGCAAUAUACUAAAUCCACACUGAUAUGCAUAUUGUAAGAAACUGUUUGAUCCUGUCUAACAGAAAACAAGCAGCACUUAUAACUUUGACAAUCCUGCGUUGCUGCUCUUUUGAAAAUGAUGAAAGAAGGGAAUAGUAUGAGUGAUGAUCCGAUGUAACACAUAGAACAAGAUGAUAACUGGUAGUUAUGUUGUUUAUUUUGUGUUAAUGUGCUUGUAUUGAGCAAUUAAUUCACACCAAAUCAACGGUAAGCAUGAUAAAAACAUUGCUUUCAGUUUUCACUUUCUUAUUCGAAGCUUACUUCAAUAUCUUUUUUUAUUAAAUACAUUUGGCCUUUAGUUGUACACUCAGAGACCAUUUUUAUCUGGCAUACCUGGCACCCUAUGCAUUUAUACCCUUCUGUGGUAUAAGUGGACAUGUCUCAAAAAUUCUUAGCUGAGAAACAAUAACAAGCCCUUUUUUUCUAAAACAUAGCAUAUAAACUAGUUAGAACUUGGGUUUUCAUUGAAAAGUGGAAGUCUGGUUUUAAUGUUCAAUUAUGAUAUUAAACUUUAAAAGCCCAUGAAUCCCACAUUCUGAUCCUGCAACUGCCCCAUGUACAGUUAGUUUACUCUCCUACCUCAAUAAAACUGGCGUUCCAUGACUAAAUAGAUUUGAUCUUUUUCAGGGGACUAGCCUUUUCUCAAUGUAUGACUGAGCAGUAUUUCUUCAAAUUCAAAAAUGAUUUAGCCAACGCAGUCAACGAAAAAGCAGCAGGAGUUGGUGCAGAUGUUCAGAGUUAUGAUAUUGUGAUAUAAAUAUAGAGUUCUAUAGUAUUAAUCAUUAGGUAAUUGACAAUAUGAGUCUUCCAUGUUAAUUAACCAGUUUUUCUAUUUUUUUACUCUAAUUCUAUUCUUAUGCUAAACCUUAACAUUUGCAGUUCUUUUUCAUAAUAAUAUAUCAGCUAGAAAGUUGCAACUAAAGUCUGUAAUGAGCAGGUAAAUUAUUGUAUUGCUCAUGUUUGAAAGUGUAUACUAUGAGUCUAUAUGGGAGAAAGUAUUGAGAAAAACACGAUUUAUAGCAGAACUGCUUUAUCAAAUGUUAUCCAAGUGAUAUACGUGUACUGCAUGUUACUCAUUUAAACAAACAAAUAAGGGACAGCACUUGCUUUAACAGCACAUGCACAUUGUUGUCGUUUGCACACAUGGUAGAAUGUAUGUGUAUGUAGCAGCAAUAAGUCAGUCGAUGAAAAGCACUGUUGAAAAAUAUUACGCGCACACGCUUAAGUUAUGCCUUUGCUUGAUCAUUAUGAGUAAGCGCUUUGCCUUUUACAAAGAGACCUUCAGCUGCCACACAUGCCAGCUUUGCUUUAUGCACCUGUUGAAUAAAAUCAAAUUUAUCAUUUGUUUCAUUCUGUAUUUUCUAAAUGUUCUCUUUUUUAUCACAUUUCCUUUUUGAAAAUGCUUCGACGUGGUUUGUGUUGAAGCUUCAUGUAUGAAGUUGUGUAAAAUGCAGAUAGUUCUUUCAAACAGACUUGAAUUAGUUUGCAGAUUGAAUGUAACUUCACUGUGGUUUCUGGGUAUCCACGUCUCAUCAAUAUGUGUCACCUCAUCUUCUCAAGGCUCUCAUCAGAACCACUGUGGUUGGUAGACAUGACUCAUGAAUUGUGCUAUUGAUGUGACAAAAUAAAGCCAUUUAUCUUAACUGAC